UUUUGGUUUCAUAUAAAAAUAAGGCUCUCGCGUGCAAGAUGAAUCUUGAUUUUUACGAAGUUCUUGAGAUUUCCAGAGACGCCAGCACUCAAGAAAUUAAAAAAGCAUAUCAUAAGUUAGCUUUAAAGUGGCACCCUGAUAAAAAUCCCCACAACAGGAAUAAAGCAGAAGAAAAAUUUAAGCAAAUAAGCGAAGCUUAUGAGGUUUUGAGCGAUCCGGAAAAGCGGAAAAUUUUUGAUAAGUACGGUAAAGAUGGUUUGAAUUACGGCUCUGAUGGAUUUGGAGAUCCUAGUGGAGGCCGCUUCCAGUUCCACGAUCCCUACGAAAUUUUUCGUCAGUUUUUUGGCCCCACCUCGCCGUUCAUGCAGGACUUCUUCCCUUCUUCCGCCCGCGGGCGCCACUGGGAUCCCUUUGCUUCAUUUGAGGAGUCGUCGUUUGGCAUAAGCGGUGGCGGGUUCGGGGGGUUCGGAGGGGGGUUCGCCCAUCACAUGACCUCUCACAUGGGCGGCGGCAGUCACAUGUCUUCAGUGCAGACGCAGAUUGUGAAUGGCCAACAGCGAACUGUCCGGACGGAAGUUAGGAAUGGUGUGAAGACGGUCACCGUAGAAGAAAAUGGGCGAAUCACCGAAAAGUACGUUAAUGAUGUUCCGCAAUUGGUUGGCGGGCGCGAGACUUCUGGAGGUUCACUGGAGUAUUCGGUUGAGGGCGACGCCUAUGCGGAAAAGACACCAAGGAGUUCCUAUCAGAGCCGAUAGUAUUAAGUAGUGAUGAAACAUGUUUACUUUUGUAAAGUUGUGGGUUUUGAUAGUAUAUUUAAUAAAAUAAAGAGAGUAUAUUAUUUUAA